AUGCCAGCAACCGCACCAUUAAUCAAGGGUUUCUUGCCGGUCCGUCUAAAGCUAUCCAAAGAUGACGAAACCUUCUUUUAUGUGAAGGAACAUCAAGCCGGAAAGAGUAAUAAUGACGAUGACGACGGUGCCACUACUACUGCUACUACUUCGGAAGGAAAGAGCAACAAAAAGGCCAAACCUGGUUGCACCUUGUUUGUAGUCAAUGCUCCAAUUAUUCCCGGAGUCUCUACCAAACUGGCGUUGCGAUCCAUCUUGGGACGCUUUGCCGACGUUUCCCGCGUGACGGUGGUGCCCAAUCCACGACGGAUUCGUCGUCGACCGGAGGAUGAUUCGGCACAAAACAAUAAUUUGACGAUAGAGCAAUUGGAAUUGUGGUCCGACAAGCUUACUUUGCCCACCUUUUUGCCGCCCAUUUUUCACGAAGGCAAGUAUGCCCAUGUGGUCUUUGCUUCUUCCAAGGGAUUGAAGAAAACACUGCAGGAGUUGCAUCGUGUCAUGAGUAGUAGUGGCAAUGGCAGCAGCAAAAAGAACAAGGCGAAAAAACCAACAAAGGAUAGCGAUGAGGACGAUGACGAUGGCGAGAAUGAUGAUAAUGAUGAAGACAAGGAAGAAGAAAAUUUGCCAGGUUUGACCAUGGAUCGUCUCGAAUUACAAACCUUAGCGGAUGAGACUUGGGCGCAGUACGAACGAGACGAACGUAAGAGACUUGGCAAGGAUCCGCUCAUUAAUGAACUUAAUGACGAUGAUGAUGAUGACGACGAUUUUGAAGAAUAUGACGAAGAUGGAAAUCAACAAUCCAAAAAGAAGAAACAUAAGAAAUUAUACAGCAAGGAAGCACCUGCCCAAGGAGCCUUGGCUGUGGUCAAGCGAUAUUACGCAAGCAGCCAAGCCUUAUCCAGAGCCGAACUCCUGGCCGAAUGCAACCGUGUCAUGGGUGAAUACGAAAAAGCAGAGGCGGCCAAACGGAAGGCCCACCAGAAAGCCAAAGAUGGAAACAUGGUGGACGACGAUGGCUUUGUGACCGUGUCCUAUUCUUCGAAUACAGCAACUGGAAAUGCCGCAGAAGGAGGUAUUCACAAUCUGUUGGAAGAAAGCAUUACCACCACUACCACCUCUCACAGUCGACGCAAUGCGCCACCGCGAAGGCGCAACAAUAACAACAAAAAGAAAAAGGGAUCGGACGAGUUGCAAGACUUUUAUCGAUUUCAACGUAAGGAACACAAGAAACGGAGUUUGGCUGAUUUGCGUACUCAAUUUGAAGAGGAUUUGAGAAAGAUCAAGAAAAUGAAACAAGAGCAUCAAUAUCGACCAUUUAAAAAAUAA